AUGGCCAUCCAACACUACCAACCCUUCAAGGCGGUCGCCGUCGUCAUCGCCGUCGCCAUCAAUGCCGCCCGCCUGCCCGUCUGGUUGAUCUCCUACAUCCUCCCGUCCCUGCGCCCCAACCCGAAAUGGUCCUUCAAGCAAGCCGUGCGCGUCCAGGUCGUCAAGAACUUCCUCGCGACCGCCGCCUACAUUGAGAUGAAGACCCCCGUCCCCCUCGCCCCCGGUUCCGAGAAGCUGCGAUGGGCCGUCUCGCCCGAGGCGAACCCCAAAUACUUCGUCGCCAUCGCCAAAGCCGACCCCAAGAUCGUCCCCGAGUCCAUGGGCGGCACCUGGUACCCCGCCGCACCCACCACCAACACCCGCCCGGGAUACGUCGUCCUCCACUUCCACGGCGGCGCCUUCGUCAUCGGCGACGGCCGCACCGCCGACGCCGGCUUCGCCGCCAAGACCCUGCUCGCCCACACGCCCGUCAGCCACGUGUACGCGCCGCAGUACCGCCUCUCCUGCAACCCCAACUGCCACUUCCCCGCCGCGCUCCAGGACGCCAUCACCUCCUACGCCUACCUGAUCGACACCCAGGGCAUCCCGGCCAACAAGAUCAUCCUCUCCGGCGACUCCGCCGGCGGCAACCUCGUCCUCUCCCUCGUGCGCUACCUCACCGAGCACGGCAAGUCCAUUGGCCUCGAGAAGCCCGCCGCCGCCUGGCUGUGGUCGCCCUGGUGCAACCCGUCCAAGUCGAUCACGAGCGAGGCCUUCGACAACAGCCCGCACGUCAACACCGACUACAUCACGGCGGCGUUCGGCAGCUGGGGCGCGAAGGCGUACGCGCCCAAGCCGGAGACGGGGCUCAAGAUCGACGACGGCUACAUCUCGUCGGUCGGCAAACCCUUCGCGACCGAGGUCCCGCUGUACAUCUCCACCGGCGAGAACGAGGUCCUCUUCCACGACGACGUCGAGCUCUACGAGGAGUUCAAGGCCGUCAAGGGCAACAACGUCACCCUCCAGAUCGAGGAGAACGCCGUCCACGACACCAUCCUCGUCGGCGCCAUCAUCGGCUUCGAGAAGACCGCCCAGGUCGCGGCCAAGCGCGCGGGCGAUUGGUUCAAGACGAUCGUCGCUUGA